AUAACUAGUCAGUUGUACAACUCAAUACAUUCAACUGAAAUGUCUCUUCCGUAAAAACCCAACCAUUCUGAAUCAGAGUACAGUGGCAAAUUGGCAAGAGACACACAGAAACCUUUUUGCUCUUCCAUGAGAAGUCAAUUGAGAGAGUUGGAGGGAUAUGGCCUCACCAAAGACAGUUUGGUACUUAAGUGUCCUCUUGGUAUUUUGCUCUAGUCUGGAAAAGCAAGAUUGCUUGGAAACUCCAAAUGUAACAUCAGAGGAAUUACCCACUGAUGGAUCACAAGUUCCUUCUAGAGAAAAGCGAGAGGUGACAGCAACCAUCUAUGAGAAAGUUGGUGAAGUUGAGUUUGACGUCUAUAAUAUUUCACUUGAAAUCAUACAUUACCUAAAGUCCCAUGUGAAAAGUGUAACCUACCCCAUCCUGAUCUCCAGUGUGUUAAAUGUAACAGACAUAAACAUUACUACCGAAUGCUCCUCAGACCCCAGUGGAUUCAGGUGCAGAUGUGAGGACCAGUAUAGUUGGUCAUGUGACCAGUGUUCCUCCAAUGUGUCCUGUGAUGAGAUCGUUGAUGGCAAAACAUGUGGAUGUCUCAAUGACUAUCCUUCUGAUGGAAAGUUCUGUCAGCCAAUCACAAAUCUUACUGCUUGUCCAAGUCCAACUACUACAGCAGAGCCAUCAACCACUUAUGGGGAAAUUAUUGAAAUUGAGUUGGACAUGACAGAUAUUUCAGCUACAUUGAUAGAUGUACUUAGGGCAAGUGUGAGUGGCCUGACCUACCCUGUCCUGAUCUCCAAUGUGUUAAGUGUAACAGAGGUGAACUUCACUACUGCAUGCUACCCAAACAACACAUGCAGAUGUGAGGAUCAGUAUGGUUGGUCAUGUGACCAGUGUCUCUCUUAUGGGUCCUGUGACAACAUCACUGAUGACUCCUGUGGAUGUAUCAAAGCCAUUCCUUCUUAUGGACAGUUUUGUCAGCCAAUCACAAAUCUGACGGCUUGUACAACACCAUCUCCAACACCAGCAAAAAAGUACACAGAAAGUUCAACAACUACAACGACACCCUCCAGUACUACAUCAAUACAAACAACAAAACAGUCAACAGCAAGUUCAGCAACUCCAACGACGCCCUCCGAAAACACACUGAACCUUCAAUUUACUAUGGACAUCAGAUUUGAGCCCAACUUUAAUGAUGUAAAUAAUGCAAUGUUCAAAGAUAUUGAUCAAACUAUCGUAGACAUAUAUAAGAGAAACAUGCGAGGCUUCAUAUCAGCAAAGUUAAAUAGUUUAAAGAGUGGAAGUGUUAUUGCAGAUUUUACUGUUAUAACAACAAUUGUCGAUAAUGUGGAAAUUGCAAAAGCAAAAGCGGAUAUUGUCUCAACACUUGGAGAAAAAUAUAAUAUAAAGUUUAUCUGCUUGAAUGAUGCGAUCUUUGGCAAUGGACAAGUUAAUGAAAAAGUUGUAGUUUACUGCAAACCGGAUGAAGUGGGUCAGAAGACUGCCAUUUGUCAAGGAAAUGGCUCGUUUUCAAAUCGUGUGGACAACUGUGUCUUAAAAGAAAUUGAUAACCUGUUUUCUUUAUCUCAGGCUUUAGUGGGGACUGGUCUUCCAGUCUUUUUGGAAAGACUCCGCAACAGCACUUUUAACCUCCUAGGUAGAAUAGUUGCAUCACCUGCAACUAUUUCUACUGUUGUUAAUAUUCUUAAAAAUGUUGCAAAUGUGUCCCGAAGUACCCCAAUAAACAAACCAUUGAUGACGAAUUUCCUGGAAACGGCAGGUGUACUUACUUCAAAUGGAGCAAAAGCCUCCUGGGUUGAUCUAAACAAAAACCUCAACAAAAACGAAAGCUCAGCCUUUCUGGGCACCAUUGAAACACUUUCCAAUUUCCUUACCGAUGACUUUUUUGACAUAGAAACGCCAAGCAUUAUUUUAAACAAAACCACAGUCAACAACUCAAUCAACAACUUAUUCAAUUUAAACUCAUCUGUUCUGAUAGACAUACCGGCAUCUGAAGCUUCCUUCAAUUCAAUCACCAUAAUAACAUUUGACUCCUUGGAUAAUGUUUUACCUGCGAGAAACAGUAGCAGUCUGAACAACAGUGUCAUCAGUGUCAACACCAUCAACGGAAAAGUGGUUCUGGUGAAGGUGAAUGGCACAAUCAAGAAUGUGACGUUCAGUUUUGACGUACUGAACAAGAAACUGGCCAAUCCUCAGUGUGUUUUCUGGAACUUCAACCUUUUUGACGGCCUUGGAGGAUGGGAUGAUAAAGGAUGUGAACUGCAGCCUGAAAAGAAUGGCACUGUCACCUGUCACUGUAAUCAUCUGACCUCCUUCUCCAUUUUGAUGUCGCCUUCCAUUCCAGCUGUGUUGCGUGUCGCUUUGGAAUUUAUCACUUACAUUGGCGUUGGCAUAUCAAUGGGUUGCUUGGUCGUGUGUCUCAUCAUUGAGAUGUUGGUAUGGAAUGCUGUGACUGGAAACAACACAUCUUACAUGCGUCAUGUCUCUAUAGUGAACAUCGCCGUUUCCCUUCUGAUUGCUGACAUUUGGUUCAUUAUUGGUGCAGCAAUUUCCGACAAUGAAAAAAAAGAUCUACCUGCGUGUUCCACAGCAACAUUUUUCAUCCACUUUUUCUACCUGGCUCUGUUUUUCUGGAUGUUGGUCUCAGGCCUUUUGCUGCUCUACCGGACUGUCAUGGUGUUCUCUCACAUGUCUAAACCAGCAAUGUUGGCCAUCAGUUUUUCUUUGGGCUAUGGAGCUCCCCUCAUCAUUGCUGUCAUAACUAUCGCAGUGACAGCCCCAGGGAAACAAUACAUCAGAGAUAAUGAUGGGGUUUGCUGGCUCAACUGGACAGAGUCAAAGGCCCUUCUGGCUUUUGUGAUCCCUGCCCUGACCAUAGUGGUCAUCAACCUUUUGAUCCUGAUUGUGGUUCUGUUCAAAAUGCUGAGGAGAGGUGUGGGGGAUGUUACUCAGCCAGAUGAGAAAAAUGCUUUGGUGGUCAUCGCCAGGUGUCUGGCCAUUCUGACUCCCUUCUUUGGUACUACCUGGGGACUAGGAGUAGGAACCAUGACUACACCAAACAAUCUAGGAAUCCAUAUUGUGUUUGCAAUCUUCAAUUCAUUACAGGGUUUGUUCAUCUUGGUAUUUGGAACACUUUUGGACAAAAAGAUCCGGGAAGCUCUGACAGGAAGGUCACAAGUGUCCUCCAACCGCACAAGGUCCACAAGUGCUGCAACAUCAUCGUCAAGUGGUUUGGGAUUUUUCCGGAUACGGAGGAGAAAUGUUUUCAACGUUUCAGCAGCUCCAACAUCCAGCACUACUGGUGCAUCAUAGACUUUCAUCAACACUUAACUCAAUGCAACAAAUGUGAUUAUUAUGAAAUAAUCUGACAAUCAAAAGGCGUUGUCGCACAUCAUCUGUUGACGCACUGGGUUACAGUAGCUAACACCUUGAGUGUGACCUUGAAGUGACUGCCACUAAGAUCUGACCCCAACUCUCAGUGACGUCAUUGGUGGUUAUGUCUAACACAAAGCGAUUCAUUAUGAACUAUAUGGUAUUUGAACUUUGUAUCUGGAUUGUUGAGUAUUGUAUUGAGAACCAUGAUUAUUGUUUUUUGGGUGUGGGGGUGUUUAAAUAAGAGUAUGACUGUGUAAAUGGAUUAAUCAGCUAACAUGAAGAAAGGAGAUUGUUUCAGAAAUAACACAGUACAUUCUCUCUUUGAAUAAUUCACUGUUCAUUUUGUCACAAUUUAUAUUAAGUUUAAUAAACAUGUAAAAGGUC